AUCUACAUCUUUACAAUCAAACUCUCCAUCUCUAUUCUUAUCAUUCCAAGCAAAUACAUCUACUUCUCACAAUGGAUUUCGUCAACAAGGCUAUGGGCAAGGAGGAGCGCUCCACUCAGGGAACUGCUCCCGCUGCUCCCCAAGCAGGCGGCCAGGUCCAGAAGGACGACUACGCCGACAAGGCUUUUUCCAUGGGCGCCAAGAAGAGCGGCCACAACAUGGAUCGCAACACCCAGGAGAAGAUUACGGAUGCAGGCCGUAACAUGUACGAAAAGGUGACAGGAAACAAGGUCGACCCCAAGUGGUCUAAUUAAUGAACGGACGAGUUAUGAUUUACAACAAGACUGUACAAUAGUAAUAAUAACAUCAUAUCAAUGCCGC